UUUCAGUUUGUCUCCUUCUUCUCUCUCAAGCCAAGAAGAUCACAUUUCUUUCAAGGAAUCAGAGAUCCUUCUUGCAAAGGAUUUCAGAGGGUGCUUGACGUGCACGGAAUAAAAAUGUUGGGGGAUCUCAUAACCAGAGUUCUUGUGCUGAUUCUUGGUUAUGCAUAUCCUGCACUUGAGUGUUACAAAACGGUGGAGAAAAACAGAGUCGGCAUCGAAGAACUUCGUUUUUGGUGUCAAUAUUGGAUUCUUGUGGCAAUUCUUACGGUUCUUGAGAGUGUGGCGGACAUAUUCAUUUCAUGGGUGCCCAUGUAUGGGGAGAUGAAGCUGGCCUUUUUCAUCUAUUUAUGGUAUCCAAAGACCAAGGGGACCGGCUAUGUGUACGAUAGUAUGUUGCGGCCAUAUGUGGCGAAGCACGAACCGGACAUCGACCACAAGCUGCUGGAGUGGAGAGCAAGAGCCUGGGAUUUGGCCGUUUUCUAUUGGCAAAACUGCACAGAAUUGGGGCAGACAGCAUUCCUCCAGGUCCUGGAAAAAUUUGCUGCUCAGACUGGAAGGUUUAAGAAGACAGGAAAUGAGAGAACAAAUCACGAUUCCGGCACGUCCCCGCCGCCGCCCCCAAGCGGGCCGCCCUCAUUCCACGGUUCAUCCAGGAAGCGAGAUAGUAAGUCAGGCAAGAGCAACAAGUGGCCUCCGGCUCCGAGCGCCCCUCCAUUUCCCGGUAGCCUAAUCAACCACUUCAUGGCCGAGCCGCCAAAAUCCGAGGUCGCACACGCUCACCUCUACAACCAAGCGGAGUACGGGUACCCGGACGACACGGACCACGGCCCACCCGCUUCCCCAGAAACCCACUGGAACCUAAAGUCGAGGCGCGCCCCAAAACCACACCAUUGAU